UGGCAGUCACUUGAGCGCCCUAAUCCACCGCAGUCAGUCAGAGACGGACUGCAAUAGAAGUGUCUGCGAUGAAUACCAGCAAAAAUGAGUUGGGGAAGGAACAGGUAGUUUUGAGCUGGCAAGGUUGUAAACCCUUGCCAACAAUACCAGACAAGAACUUCGCUGUCUUCAUGUUGGAAGCGAUGGCGAAGGUAGUCGAGGGAGAUGACGAAGCCAUUGCCGUGCUUGAUGGUCUACAUCCGGCCAGUGCUGUGGCACAAAUGCCCUUCUCUUCUGGCACAACAGGAUCACGGAAGGGAGUGAUGAUCUCACACUCCAACGAAGUUUCCAGGAUGAUAAUGUUCAAAUACUUGGCAGACGUUCAAGAGUGGUUGGGUACAUCGGAGUCUACUAAUUCAACUUGUCUUUUGGUGACGUCAUUGAGCCACAUAUACUCGCACUACUUUCUUUUCGCCUCCUUGAUGUUUGGCGGGAAGGUUGUCCUUUUACCUCAUGUUAGCAACAACGCCAUGUUGAGGACAAUACAGGAACACCAGGUGACUUUGGCAAUCUUUACACCACACCAUCUGAAAAUGAUCGUAGAAUCACCGGCCUGCCAGGAACAUGACUUAUCCUCCCUGAAACUCGUCACCAGUGCUGGAGCUUCCCUUUCAGAGUACGUUGUGAAGAAUUUCAAAAACAAGGUGGAGGCAUUAGUAUACAACUUAUGGGGAAUGACGGAAGUUGCCUGCUUUGGUAUCGGCUGCAUUGUUACACAGGACUGGAAAAGCCUUUGUAUUGGAAAAGUCUUGCCCUUCUUCGAAGUUAAGGUAGUGGACCCAAGUAGCGGGCAGCUCUUGGGGACUGAUGAGCCUGGAGAAAUAUGUGUGCGGAGCCCCACCACAAUGAUCGGCUACGCUAACAACUCGGCUGCUACCUCCUCCAUGAUAGAUGCCGAAGGUUGGGUUCACACGGGUGAUUACGGCUAUUACGACAGCCAGGGAUUGAUCUACUUGACCGACAGAAUUAAAGACCUCAUCAAGGCUAAGUCAUCUUUCCAGGUACAGCCGUCUGAACUGGAGGAUUUGCUGCUACAACACCCACAUGUGGCUGAAGCUGCAGUGAUUGGCGUGUGUCAGGAUGACUUUGAGGAGGUGCCGCGGGCAUUCGUGGUGCUGGAGCCUGAAGCUCCCGUCCAACCUGAGGUCCUCCAUCGGUUUGUCAAUGAUUGCGUUCCUGACUUCAAGCAGCUGACCGGCGGGGUGUGGGUGGUGGAGGAGAUCCCCAAAAACAGCACUGGCAAACCUCUGAAGCGACAACUCAAGGCUGGUCAAGUUACACAACUGGCAUCCUGCUGAUGAUUACUACGCAAUACCUUUGCUUUCGUGGAACUAAAAGUGAGGGUACGUGGGUGUUGCCAAUUUCAAUGACAAAAUAUUUUGUCUGUGUUUAUCAAUGUCCACUUUCUUACUUAUU